AUUUAGAAGGACUCUUUGAAGGAAGCUUUAGUUUUUAACUUCUCAAAUUCACUUUUCAAGUUGCUUUGAUUAGAUUGCAUAUGUGUAUAGCAAACAAGGUUUGGGGACAAUUUUAAUAUUAAGUUAUAGAUUGUAGAUGAGGAAAAAUUUUAGUGAAUAGAUUUUUUUUUAUCAUCUGUUUGAAUCAUUCUUACUUCUAUAUUUAUAGGGAACUUAAUCAAUGUGUUGAUUUGUUUAACCGAUUUCUCUAUUUAUUGAAUUUGUAUCUUUUAAAACUCAAUAUGUAUCAUUUUUAAUCUUUUACAAAUGAAAGAACACUUUAUGAAAAGGUUAGAAUUCAUUUGAAACGAAAGUAACACACUUGUAACUAAGAAUCAUCAAAUUUGAACUAUAGCAUUUGAAUGCUUUUGAAGUCAUUCAAAUCCCCUUUUAUAAUUUUGUUAUAAGUGAUUUUUUUUUAUCAUAAAAUUCGACGGCCCAAUCGAAAGCAUUCGAAUGCUUUAGUAUAAAAUCAUGUCAAAAGACUUCUCAAAUAUGACAUUCGAAUCCCUUUAAUCAAACAUUCGAAUCUUUUAGUAUAAAAACAUUUCAUAAGUUGAUUUUUAUUUUCAAUUGAUUCUUUCAUGUUUUAAUUCUAAACUUUCAUAUUUCUGCCGUUGAGACAGUAUUAGUUGAGGUGCCCUCUCUCUCUAUUUUGGUAGUUAAUAAUUAAUGUUUAUCAUCAUGAAAUCAAAAAGGAAAGCUACAUAAGAUCAAUUAAUGAAAUGGCUAAAUUUGAUCAUUAAACAGUUUGAUCUGUCAAGUGCUCAGAAAUAACCAAGAAAAUCCUAUUCUAUAAUGAUUAAGGAUUUCUUUCCUCACAAAACAAUAAAAAAGAUCACCUUAAAUAGCCUUGUCUUCCUGUGUUCAGCACAACAAUUGUUGUAAGCCAUCACUUUACGAACCAUGGAUCCAUCAUCAAUUGCAUAUGUUAUUUGCCUGGUCUCACUGAUCACAAUUUGUAUUACUGCAAAAGCACAGCGAAAUGUGUUCAACGUUCUAAGUUAUGGAGCUGCUGGCAAUGGCCUUACUGAUGAUUCCUUGGCGUUCAUGAAGGCAUGGAAGGACACAUGUAGUGCUGCAGCAGGCACUCCUACCUUGAUUAUUCCCAAAGGAAAAAUAUUUUUGGUGCAUCAGAUUACAUUCACAGGCCCCUGCAAGUCUAAUAAAAUAAAUGUCGAACUAUCAGGAACUAUUAUCGCACCCAAUGGUCCUGAUCAGUGGAAGGCAGCCGAUCUGUCAACAUGGUUAGCAUUUCAGGGUGUAAACGGUCUAACUAUUGAUGGACUUGGGAUGAUAGAUGGACGUGGCAAAGGCUGGUGGGAUCGCUCAUGCAAAUUUCAUCGUGGUCAGCAGGGAUGUAUCACACUAGCACCAACGGUACUUAAAUUUGAGAAUUGCAACAAUAUUCACAUGAGCAACAUUAAGUUUCACAACAGCCCCCAAACACACGUACUGAUCUUGGGAUGCCAAAAUGUUGAUUUUGGAUUCUUGACCAUACAAGCUCCUGGAACAAGCCCCAACACUGACGGAAUACACAUUCAGGUUGCUCGUAAUGUGUCCAUUCACAAUUCACAAUUUGCUGAUGGUGAUGAUUGUAUCUCCAUUGGUGAUAGGACUUCUGACAUCUCCAUCACUGACAUUAGUUGUGGCCCUGGUCAUGGUGUGAGCAUUGGAAGCCUAGGCAGGGGCGGAGCGGAGGUUCAAGUAAAUAAUAUUAAUGUGAGGCGAGUAAACUUCCGAGGGACAACUAAUGGGGUACGAAUCAAGACGUGGCAGGGAGGCAGAGGUAUAGUUCGAAACGUAUCUUUCUCAAACAUAAACUUCCGGGCAGUGGCAAAUCCAAUCAUCAUUGAUCAGUUCUACUGUGAUAUUCCAAAUUCGUGUAGGAAAUCGAACACUGCAGUUCAUAUUAGCGGUGUACGAUACUCUCAAUUGUUUGGGACAUCAAAGACAAAAGUGGGUAUCAAUCUCAAUUGCAGCAGUAAUGUUCCAUGCACCGGCAUUACAUUAGAGGACAUUCAUUUGGCAUCGGCAACUUCAGACAGCCAAUUGAUUUCUAGCUGCAACAACGCCUUUGGACUGAAUAGAGGAAUUAUAGAUCCCAAAUCCUGCCUCCGGAAAAUAAUUUGAGAGACAAUAUGAUUGUACAUUCAAAUUUCCUUCUAAAAAUAAAAACAGAAAUAAAAUGUCAAAAUUCAAUUUUAUUAAAUAAAAUAAUGGAUACAAAUUUCUAUAUGAUCUUUUUUACAGAAGAAAAUAAUCUUCUGAUUCGAUCUUAUCAAAAACAAAAAUGAUAUUCUAAUAAAAUGAUUGGCAAAUCUUCAAAACGACGUUUGUUGUGAUAGAAAACAAGCUUGUGAUUUUUGUGAACAAAAGCUUGAUCACGAACUGGCAAAAAUAAGCAGAUCUUUAAAGAAAUGACCAAAGCCUUAUGAUUUCUUGGUUGGUUAUUGAAUUUCAGACAGCUUGAGUAAUCUUCAAAGAUGAGCAGCAAAUCUUGAAUGUGUGAGAAUAAGGCUAGAGUGUUUCUUCUUUGCAUUUAUCUCCAGAUGAGUUGGAAGAACUCUCUAUUUAUAAUGCUAUGUGUGAUAUAAUGUGAGAAAGUUCUAA